AUCACCACUGAACUCUUAAAAACCAUCUCCUGAAACUCCUUGCUCCAUUUGCAUAUAUGAUACAACCAUGUCACCGCUCAACAUUUCGCAUCGACAGUGGCUUCUGAUGAAGGACAAGAGGAGUCUAAGCUUCCUAACCAGAGUUUUAUGGUUCUCCACAAACCAAGGACAAGAAGGAGAAGCCAUGGCUCCCCUUCCUCCCCCUAUUCGAGUGGGGUUCACAGAGAACGCAGGCAGGGGGAUUUUUGCAACCAGAAAAAUCAGUUUAGGGGAUCUUAUCCACAAGGCGCAGCCUGUGGUCGCGCAUCCCUCCCCCGCGUAUCUCCACAAGGUUUGCUAUUUUUGCCUGAAGUGCGUGGGGAUGAGAACAUCUGCAUCCUCUUGGCGUAGCAUGUCCAAUGAAGAGAUCUCACUCUUGCAUGAGCCUAUUACUGCACAUUAUGCUUGUAAUGAAUCAUCUCCUGGGUCUUCAGGCCUUGAUAGAAGUUUUCGCUUUUGUAGCGUGGAAUGUGAAGAACAUUCAAAGGGUUUCUUUGAAAUUGAGAAACGAGCAGAUUGGUCAACAUUCGAUGAGCACUGUAGAAUGAAUGGCCUGAAGUAUCCUUUUCUAGUGAAACGUCUUGCCUGUAUGGUAUUAUCUGGAGCAGAACCUGCAGACUGCCUUGACAUACUGCAGCCAGCCAGUUUGUCCCCAGGCAUGAUUGCCAGGAUGGAAGAGGAAUUUGAAUUGUUGAGAUGCACUUUCAUGGAAGCAGGGUUCAAGGACGAAAAGAUAGCCAUUCUCACUAAGCAGUGGUAUGUUGGUGUUUUGGCACGGAUUCGUAUUAAUGCAUUUCGCAUAGAACUGGCUGGAGGAAUUUCCGGAGAUCUUCUUUCCAUGGCCGCAGCCUCUGUUUUGGCUGAAGCAGCAGUGGGCAAUGCAGUCUAUAUUUUGCCAUCCUUCUACAAUCAUGAUUGUGAUCCAAAUGUUCAUAUCCUGUGGUUGGAAGAUGUAAAUGCAAGGUUAAAAGCCCUCCGAGAUAUUGAAGCAGGUGAAGAACUCCGGAUUUGCUAUAUAGAUGCUAGUAUGAGCCACAAUGCUCGACAGUCCAUCCUUUAUGAAGGGUUUGGUUUUCGGUGUCACUGUUUUCAGUGUAUGUCUGGCAAUUAGACAGAUGGUAUACUUUGGAUAUUCCAUUCACAGCGAUAGAUGAUGAACUUUGGAUGUUCCAUUCAUAGCGGUAGAUGAUGUACGUUGGAUGUUCCAUUCACAUCAAUUUACUUGGGAAGCAAUUGACAUCUACAGUUGUAUUCUUACUUCUUGUAUGUAGCAAUAGAAAAUGUCCAUUAUUUAA